AUGCCCUCACUCCUUGCGUCUAACCUAAAGUUCGUCGGGGUUGUGAGUCUCGGGCUCUUAACGGGCCUCAACUACUCCCUCCACACCGUCGCCAUCCCCCCCCUCCUCACCCUUCCCACCGCCACCACCGCCAACACCACCCUCACCACCCUUAAAGCCGCCACCACCUUCCACCAAUGCGCCCUCACCCUUCUCGCCUCCUCCUCGCUUCUCCUCGCCUACUACAUCUCGCCGCCGCACAGCCGCCACCCCUACAUCCUCUGGGUGCUGCUGGCCACGGGCGCCGGCGCCAGCGUGGACGGCGUCACGAGCUGCGUCGCGAGCUGUGCGGGCGGGCGCGCCGGGACGCGCGGAAAGGCGCGGGAGGAGGCCGCAGCAAAGCGGAGGGAGAUUGUUGAGAUGGAUUCGGAGGAGGAGGAGGAGUUGAAUGGGGAGGAGGUGCGGGAGGGGUUGAUUAGGUUUCGGUUGCUGCAGGGGAUUAAGGGCGCACUGUGGGGUUCCGGGUUGGUCAUGGCCGUGGUGGGCAUUUGGGGAGAUGGAGCAUGA